AUGCAUGUAUCAUAUGACCGCAUUCAUGAUUGCCGAUUUGACAGAUUAUCUAACCUCAAAGGUCAUCAACAACAAUAUCUCGCUUCGCGAAGCAGAGCGACACUUUUCCUGCUACAUUCGUCCGUUUUGUAUAAAAACGCGUCGAAUCAGCCUGAAUUCAUCAAUAUCGAAGUAUUUACAUAUAUGCCCAAGUAUCUAGAUGAGUCACUACUCAUAUCAAUUUUGCAGCAAAAGAAUUUGGAGGAUGGAGGUAACGAGAAAUUGAAGGCACACCUAACAGAACAGAUGUAUGAAAAUCUUGGAAUGGUAAUGGUUUUUACAAUGGUCAGUGCAGCUCAAGAAUGGUUGAACUUACAGUGGGACAAGAUAAACCUGAGGAGAGAAGAGACUGCGGCACAAAAACUGAAGGAGGGAAAGGAUGCAGAAGGGAAUAUUGAAAACACGGGCUAAGACAUUCGAAAUAUAUUCAUUCACGCAGACGACAAUUGUAAUGGUUUUAUAGACUAUUUGAGAGAACUCUCGUAACCGUCGAAUCUGGAAAGCUGGAAAGAGAACUUUGAUGAAGAAAUGGGCUAUACGAAACGGAAAGAAUUAGCGGAUAGCGAGGGCAAAAAGUUAACA